UCCUUUUCCAUCAUGGCACCGAAAAAGCAGACUCUCGUCAAAAAGAGCAAAAAGGGAACCUCGUGGACCUUUACCCUUGACUGCACUCAUCCGGUUGAGGAUGGUAUUCUGGACCCAGCGAAUUUUGAGACAUUCCUCAAGGAGAAGGUGAAGGUUAAUGGCAAAACAGGCAAUCUGGGAAAUGUAGUGCAGAUCGUUCGGCAGAAGAACAAGAUCAGUGUCACAUCACAGAGACAGUUCUCCAAAAGAUAUCUGAAGUACCUCACAAAGAAGUACCUGAAGAAGAAUAACCUGCGUGACUGGUUGAGGGUUGUGGCUUCUGACAAGGAGAGCUAUGAACUGCGCUACUUCCAGAUCAGUCAGGAUGAUGAAGAGUCAGAGACUGACGAGUGAACUUGUAGUCUGCGAGGGGUGUGAUGGGUGUAUCAGGUCUUGCAUCCAUGGUUACGUCUUCUGUCGUAUGCAGCUUGAUGACUUGAAAUAAAUGUGUACACCCAAA